UUGCUGCUGCUGCUUGCUAGAGUUCCCCACCAGAGUCGCUUGAUUGACAUACUGUAUCCCCCAUGGCUGCGGGGCCUCACCAGUCAGAACCGAGCAGUAAUCAAAGCAGACACGCAGGUCGAACCUUAUUAUCAACCACUCGAUACCAGCUGCAGGAACAAGCUGCCAGCCCGCCAAAAUACAGCGCACAGGAUACAACGAGUUGCAAAAUCAAAAAACCGGGGAACCAGAUCCAUCGUGGCUUCCCCUGGGCCUGGAGUAUCGGACUGAAGCUUUUCAAGUUUUUCUUUUGGAUGUUAAGUUGAAGUUUCAGGGCUUUUUGUGCUGGAGAACUGAAGCUGAUGACCUGAUAGAGGACUUUUUCAGUCAGCAGUGGAGGGGACUGACUCCCUUGUAACAGGAAGAGACCUCCAGCAGAGCCAGGCCCAGGGAGGCUGGCCAGAUCUUUAAUUGAUUACUUUCAGCCUUUCUACACAUCCAGUGUCACCACAUCAUCCUGAAUCUGUAUAAACUCAGAGUGAGACUCUCAGCCGGACAGAACCAGAGAGGCUACAGGCUGUGAGGUCGAGGUGGAUUUCUGAGCCCACUGGUCUGUAGUGGUCCCACCAUGGGGAAGACUGGGCAGAGCACAGUGGACUUGAACUCCCCGUCAGAGGUCAAACAAGCAAUUCCUUUCGAAGAACAAGAUCCUGUGGCGCCCCCUGCAGACGAGAAGAAGAAGGAGGAGCCGCCUGACAGGGGAAGCUGGAAGGGAAAGUUUGAUUUCCUGCUGUCCUGUGUGGGAUACGCCAUCGGGUUAGGAAACGUCUGGAGGUUUCCUUAUUUGUGUGGAAAGAAUGGUGGAGGGGCCUUCCUGAUCCCGUAUUUUCUGACUCUGGUGUUUGCCGGGAUUCCUCUGUUCUUCCUGGAGACGGCGCUGGGACAGUUCACCUCAGUGGGAGGACUCGGGGUGUGGAAACUCAUCCCUAUGAUGAAAGGUGUUGGUCUGGCUGCAGUGGUUCUGUCAUUCUGGCUCAACAUCUACUACAUCAUCAUCAUUGCCUGGGCUCUCUACUACUUAUUCAACUCCUUUGGUUCGGAGCUGCCUUGGCAAAGCUGUGAUAACCCCUGGAACACAGAGAGAUGUUUUUCCAACUAUAGUCUGACAGACACCACCAACCUGACCAGCGCUGUCACCGAGUUCUGGGAGCGUAAUAUGCACCAGAUGUCUGGUGGUCUGGAGGAACCAGGAGAGCUCCGUUGGCCCUUAGUGGGAACUCUGGCUCUGGCCUGGGUCCUCGUCUACUUCUCAAUCUGGAAAGGAGUGGAGUGGACGGGGAAGGUGGUGUAUUUCUCAGCCACCUAUCCCUACUUCAUGCUGUUCAUCCUGUUCUUUCGAGGGGUCACACUUCCUGGAGCCAUCGAUGGGAUCCUCUUCUACAUAACGCCCGACUUCAAUAAGCUCAUCCGAUCAGAGGUGUGGUUGGAUGCAGCUACUCAGAUUUUCUUUUCCUACGGACUGGGCCUGGGCUCGCUCAUCGCACUGGGCAGCUACAACACAUACAACAACGACGUCUACAAGGACUCCAUCAUAGUUUGCUGCAUCAACUCCUGCACCAGCAUGUUUGCUGGAUUUGUCAUCUUCUCCAUCGUUGGCUUCAUGUCUUACAUCACUAAGAAACCUGUGCAGGAACUGGCAGCAUCAGGUCCAGGUCUGGCGUUUUUAGCUUACCCUCAGGCAGUCACCCAGCUGCCCAUGUCCUCUCUAUGGGCCAUCCUCUUCUUCUCCAUGCUCAUGAUGCUGGGCCUGGACAGUCAGUUCUGCACAGUAGAAGGCUUCAUCACAGCUCUGAUGGAUGAAUAUCCACUGACGUUGAGGAAGAGGAAGAAGGUCUUUAUCCUCAUUGUCUGCUUCAUUUCCUUCCUCAUCGGCUUCUCCAACAUCACACAGGGUGGUCUGUACGUGUUCAAGCUGUUUGAUUACUACUCCGCCAGCGGGAUGUGUCUCCUCUUCCUCGUCUUCUUUGAAACCAUUUCAAUAUCCUGGUUUUACGGAGCUGAAAAUUUCUAUAAGAACAUUGAGGACAUGAUCGGCUAUCGGCCGUGUCGCUGGUGGAAGCUUUGUUGGAUGUUCUUUACGCCUCUCAUCUGCCUGGGGGUAUUCACCUUCAGCGCCAUUGAGAUGACCCCUCUGACCUUGGGGAAGUACGUCUACCCGCUGUGGGGCCAAGUGAUCGGCUGGUUCAUGGCUUUGUCUUCCAUGGUCCUCAUCCCAGGCUACGCCAUCUACAUGUUCUGCUGCACCAAAGGCAGCGUCAAACAGCGUUGGCGGACGAUGACAACUGCCCAGGAGGACAAAAAGCCAUCGGGGCAUGAAGAAUUCACACACACAGGGAGCGUGGGCGAAGCUCCUGUCUAGCCAGGAUAGCUCAGCUUGAAAUGAUCCGACGGCCAAGACUCAAUGCAGUACAAUAUUUUGCCAUUGUUUACUUAAAUUCGGCUAAAACAAAAAAUCAAGCGAAGAAGAAGAUACCAUUAUGACACCAUAAAUGUAAUGAAUGUACAGAGAAGUGAAACAAUCUGGUAAAACUUGAUCGUAAACAUAAAACUGUAAUGCAUCAAAGAUUAUUCGUUUUUUCUUGCAGCUUAAAGAACCAGGAAACCUUCCACAGUGGAAUAUGUGUUCAUAGCAAUAAAGUAAAUGUCACUGUGGACCAGAAUGUACACACGUGGACAAAAUUGUUGGUACCCCUCAGUUAAAGAAGGAAAAACCCACAAUUCUCACUGA